UAUUAUGUUAAGUAAGCAUCAACUGGCCCCUGAGUGAGCCAGAAAGGAUGAAUGAGGGAGAGAGGGAGAGAAAGAGAGAGAGAGAGAGAACUUGCUGAUGUAAAAAAAAAAAGAAAAAAAAAAAGCUGCCUGAGUAAGGAUAUAAAACCUUGAGACAAGAGGAUGCUCCUCUCUCAAACCCGCUGCCAUCUCAGUGGUGGAAAUGUUGGAGUUGGAGUUGGGGAGGGUCGACUUUGAGGUGACAUUGACGCUAUGUAGAUGAGAGUGAGUGAGGAUCCUGCGCUCCAUGUUACGUCCCUGCUCGCUCCAGCUCAGACGGCGGCAGCAGCAGCUCCUUCUUCCUCCGUCUUCUCUCCUCUCCUCUCUUUCAGCACCACUCCUUUCAGGACAGCACCUCGCUCUUGAAGACGCACUUGCUCGCCGUCCUCCACUCUCAGGAUCGUAUAUUGGCUUUGCAAUCGUCGGAUGCAAAAGUUUCCACCUUGGUUGUAUUCUGUGAAAGUGCAAGGAAGUAACUUUUUUUUAAAAAUUCGGAUUUUUUUCCCAUCGGGGAAGCAAUCUGGGAAAUAAAAGGAUUUUAUUGGUAACUGGACCGCUGCUGAGCUGCUCCUGAUCACACUCAUUACCCCGAUUCGUCGUCUCUACUCGGCAGUGUAUCUGGGAGCUGGGUGCGCAGGACGGAGAAGCUGCUGUUUGCUGGACCGGUGCUGAAACCCGCUCCUCUCCACUGGUCAGGACUACCCGACGCGCACAGCGACCAUGGCCACCAACGGGACCAAAGCCUCGGACGGACACGUCUUAACGGAGACGGUGAAUGACGCGCCCAGCACCACCACCACCACCACGCCAAAUGACAAACCCAAAACCUUGGUGGUGAAAGUGCAGAAGACGAAAAGUGACAUCCCCGAGAGAGAAACGUGGGGUGGCAGAUUUGACUUUCUUCUCUCUUGUGUCGGAUACGCAAUCGGACUGGGAAAUGUCUGGAGAUUUCCUUAUUUAUGUGGAAAAAACGGAGGAGGGGCCUUCUUGAUUCCCUACUUUUUGACCCUCAUAUUUGCUGGCAUGCCCCUGUUCUUUCUGGAGACGGCUCUUGGUCAGUACACUUCUAUUGGAGGGCUUGGAGUGUGGAAGCUGGCCCCCGUUUUCAAAGGUGUGGGUAUGGCUGCUGCUGUUCUGUCCUUCUGGUUAAAUAUCUAUUACAUUGUAAUCAUCUCCUGGGCUAUUUACUACCUGUACAACUCCUUCACUGCUGAUCUGCCAUGGCAGACUUGUGGCAAUCCCUGGAACACAGACCGCUGUUACACCAACUACAGCAUCCCAGACACCAGGAACCUCACCAGUGCUGUGCAGGAGUUCUGGGAACGUAACAUGCACCAGCUGACCGAUGGUCUGGAGAAGCCCGGGGAGCUCAGGAUCCCACUGGCUAUCACACUCGCCAUUGCAUGGGUGCUCGUCUAUUUCUGCAUCUGGAAGGGGGUCAGCUGGACUGGCAAAGUGGUGUACUUCUCAGCCACGUAUCCUUACUUCAUGCUGUUCAUCCUGUUCUGCCGUGGCAUCACUCUACCUGGUGCAUUUGAUGGAAUCCUCUUCUAUAUCACACCAGACUUUCAGAAACUGAAGGAGUCCGAGGUGUGGCUGGAUGCUGCCACCCAGAUCUUCUUUUCCUAUGGGCUGGGAUUAGGCUCUCUGAUUGCUCUCGGCAGCUACAAUCCCUUCAACAACAACGUAUACAGAGAUUCAGUCAUUGUCUGCUGCAUCAACUCCUGCACCAGUAUGUUCGCCGGCCUUGUCAUCUUCUCCAUCGUGGGAUUCAUGUCCAACGUAACAAAAAGACCCAUCGCUGAUGUGGCAGCCUCAGGACCUGGCCUAGCAUUUUUGGCUUAUCCUGAGGCCGUGACCCAGCUGCCCAUCUCUCCACUCUGGGCCAUACUGUUUUUCUCCAUGCUGCUGAUGCUGGGAAUCGACAGCCAGUUCUGCACUGUGGAAGGCUUCAUCACCGCGCUGGUUGAUGAAUUCCCUCACAUUCUCCGAAAACGCAGAGAGAUCUUCAUUGCAAUCGUCUGCCUUAUUUCUUACAUCAUUGGACUGUCCAACAUCACACAGGGUGGACUGUACGUGUUCAAGCUAUUUGACUACUACUCAGCUAGUGGAAUGUGCCUGCUCUUCCUGGUCUUCUUUGAGUGCAUCUCAAUUUCAUGGUUUUAUGGUGUGAACAAAUUCUAUGACAACAUCGAGGAAAUGAUUGGCUACAGGCCCAGUAUGUGGUGGAAGGCCUGCUGGGUCGUUUUCACUCCACUCAUUGUGGCCGGAGUCUUCUUGUUUAGUGCAGUGCAGAUGGUUCCCCUCACCAUGGGGGACUACGUGUUCCCAGCCUGGGGCCAGGGGGUCGGGUGGUGCAUGGCCCUCUCCUCCAUGACCCUCAUCCCUGGAUACAUGGGCUACAUGUUCCUCACACUCAAAGGCACAUACAAAGAGCGUCUGCGGAUGAUGUUCAAGCCUACGGUACUGGUGAAGGCUCAGGAAAAUGGCCCGGACCAGCAGACAGAGAACCAGAGUCAGAACCCGGCCAACGAGGAAGCCUACAUCUAGAAACUUCUGCCUGUCUCUCUGUCUCGACGGCCAGACUGGCGAUCUACACAGAAAAAAACAUAAUCAAGGUUGGGAACGACCACCAGACUUCCACGUCUGCUUUUAUUCACCUACCUCCUGGGGACACGUGAGACCAACCUGAUUACACAGUUAUUUUUAGGGGUUUUUCUGUUUGUUUAUUUGUAUAAUACAGAGUUAUAAAACGUACGAGGGAAAACAAACUACCCAGCAAAAUUGUUGUGAUAUUAUGAAUUUCAUUAUGCAAAAAAGUUAGUCUUUUUAGAAGAGGAAAUGUGACUUAGGAAAUUACUGUAUAUUGAUUAUAUAAUUUAAAUUUGGAGGCCCGUGUUUAUUCAAUAGUAUUGUGCUACUUUGAAGAUAUUAAUUAAUCUACUAAACUACAAUUACUGUACAAAGAAACAUAUUGGUUAAAUGCAUUUUGCUUGUACAUGAAAUAAAUACAUUAAGAUGAAUGCAGUGUAGUAGGUGAAAAAAAUGCAAAUUGAAAGUUUGUAAAAAUUGAAUAUUGACCAAUUUAUGGCAAAGACAAUAUGGGAAUGUGCAACAGGUAAGGCCAAAUCUGCUUGUAUGUGUAAAAUAUAAUUUAGCCAGACUAUCACUCCCUUGCAGGAUCCUGCAGUUCGCCUGAAAUGUUUACCACCCACGUCUGGGGCUCCUUUGAAAAGCACAAGUACAGUACGGCAUUUUGAAGCGUCCAACUUUAUUUGUUUUGGCUCGAUUGAAACUUGUGACAACAGCAAAAAUAACUUACAUAGGAUACAUAGCAAGAGACUGUUAUAAUUGUUUCUUUGUUUUCUAAAGAACAAUAACUUUGUAUGUUGUCUGAAUCUUUUUUGUAGAAUCAUUUUUAGGUCAUUUUCUAUAUGUGAGAGUGAGAAGGACCAAAAUCAUACUCGCGUUAGAAAGAUUGGUGCGGACAUUUGACCCGCUGAAUAUAUAUCGAGCAUCUUCUUUUGUCUCUCUGAAGAGCAACAGUAGCAAAUACAGCAUCAAGCACAAUUUGGAUCUGUAAACUACCACUUUUAACAAUGUGUGGUAGCCAAUACAGAAAUCCCACAUUUGCAUUGUGCGUACGAUAUUUCUGCCUGAGAUUAUUUGGAAAAAGUAGAUUUUCCUUCACCUGACAACCAGUAAAACCAGUAAAGUGGAAAGACGGAGUUGUGUUGCAAUAAGCCAAUGCUAAUUCAGAUCUAUAUUUUAAACUGUGAGAAUGAAUAAGCUGCAUCGGAGACUGUAUGGAGGAUUUCUAUGAUAGCUACCACUAUUCUGACUGGAACCGUUUACUUGUAUAUCUAUUUAGUAACCCUCUCCUCAGGAACAAAGGUGGACGUGACCAAAUUAUCUCAGAUACAACCAUUAUACACUGAAACAAUUAAUGCUACAUUUAAAAAACACAACUAUCAUCAAAUUUCUGCCAUUUUCUCCCAUUAUUCUACUUGGGCACACUCGAAAGCUGAUCCAAAUUGUUGCCUCUUUUCUGUGUGCUAUUCAGAUAGCAUUAUUUCUCUCAGUGCAAAUGAACUGUGAUGGCCGUCACUCAGUCAUUUUAGUAGAAGUCCUAGCGUGUUUCUAUCCUGUGGCGAGUGCAGAUUUCCAAUAUCACACUAUAGGAGAGAGAAACUCUGGCUCAGUCAGAGGACAAAGCACUGUUACCACAACAGUACAUAGCCAGAUGCUAUAUACUGUAGGCCAACACCACUGAAACUACUCCUUUUCACAAGGUAAAGAAAAACCUAUUAUUACAUAUCAAGUUUGCUCGGCAAUAUAAAACAUAUGUAAAAGCUGACUGUGCGACAGACCACAGAUAUCACUGUAUUACUAUGAAGGAGGAUCAAGAAGAUUUGCUUCUGUGGCAGCUACAUGCGACAGGAAUCAGGUUGAAUCAGUCCCUUUUGUUUUCUUUUAUCUAUAUGUUCUCUUUUCAAAGAUAUGUGAAUUAAAAUGUGCAAUGACAAAGGGUUCCGUGAAUUUUGUAUAAAGUUACCAUACUGCAGUUUUCUCUCUUGAAUGAUGUUGUAAACUGGACUGUGUAAUACAUGUAUCUGUGAAUGUCAACGUACAACCUGAGUUUUUCUUUUUCUUUUGUCUAAAUGUUGAACAAAAAAAAUGUGAUAUUAUUUGCUGUUUUCUGCAAUAAUAUUAUUAUCUCAGAAACAAAAGCACAUAUCUCUCUCUACUGUAAAAAUUAUAAUUACAAUAACAGAAUAGAGUAAUAAUAAAGAUGAUAAUAAUAAUAAUAAUAAUAAUAACAAUAAUGUAAUAGAAAUGUCUAGUCAGAGAAUAUUGUUUUGUAUAUUUCUAGCUGUUUCAUGGGCCUAAUGUAAAAUAUUCUAUGUAAAAAAAAUAUAAUAAAUGUCUUUAGAUGGUGUUAUAUGAAAAAGCAUGAUUGCAAUACAUGUUAUCUGCAAAAAUAAAUAAAGACCUAUAGAUUAUAA